UUCAACUUUUUGAAGCAAAAUUUGUUCAUCCUAAUGGGUGAUGUAAAACCUUUGGCCAGAGGUGUAGGUGUUUCAGAUUCAGAAACAGGACACUUUUAAGAGUGCAGAAUACAAAAAGGUGUUUCAGUAGUUUAUACUGAAACUCAAAACAUCCACACUGCUUGAGAAACACAGCCUUGAAAGAAAUCAGAUUUUCCCCGGUAAUGGUUGAGCUUCCAAACAUGAAAUCAGGCCAUAAAUACAGACAGAAUAAUCGUAUUAUCUUGUAACUAUAACAAAUAACACACACACAAUUAACUACAGAUACACACUUCCGCCUCAUGUGGAUUUUUCAAAGUCAAUUUUGAUUAAAUAAAUCCAGCCUGCUGACCAUGAAUCAUAUUUUUAAUUGUUUUAGAAAGGGUUAGUUGUUUAUUCUCAUUGUAAUCAUUUUCACUGUUAAACCUAAGAGUAUGUUUAUAAACACAGAUGAACAGUUCUUAUAAGUCUUUAAAUCAAAUCUGUAAAGUUUUGUGAGUAGGGCCCAUGAUAUCGUUUGAAAUUGUGUGUACCAAUCCUGUCAGGGCACGCCCACCCUACAAUGUAGCAGGUUGUUUGCCUGUGACGUUCUCAACACUACACCUGAAUGAAAGGGCUGCAGGAGGGGUUUUGAGCAAAGAGUAGGGAAUUCCUGGAAGGCGGCAGGUGCGAUUUCAGCUGCAGCUUGGGGGACCUAUUCCAUCGGAAACUUCCGAGCUUAGUGAAAACAUCAGGAGCGCCUGGGGAGAGUAUGAAGCCGCUGACGCAGAACUAGCCCAGGCACGGAGAUAACGAGGUCCCAGGAGGACAUGUCUACGAGCGGAAAGGCUCGUUAGAAUUGACCGAGAACAGGAACUCGAGAGCAAAGGUCAGCAAGCUACCGGCCUCUGAAGGAAAGACCAGUCCACCUGAGCUCACCAGGCCCUGGCCAAUAGGAUCUGCUGCUGAGUGAUGAUGAGGAGAGUCUGUCGGUUUUGCGUCCCUAACCCCCAGGAGCAUCACAGGAAUUGUGAAGAUGAAAGCAGGCCAUGACUCAAAGCAACAACCCCUAUUGUUUUUCUUAUAUUUUCUAUGUCAUGCUUGCUGUGUGGCAUCGAAAGACUCUGCCGACUCGUGCCAAUGGUUGUGGAUAAAUAGCAAUGAUCUGACAGUAAACUGCACCAGCAAGGACCUACGGGCGGUUCCUCAAGGAAUACCAGUACAAGCCUACUCCAUUCAAUUGGAUGUAAACCGAAUUUCAUGUGUAAGAAGAUCCGAUUUUCCCCAGUAUGCUUUUAACACACUCAAAUUCAACCUCAGCCACAAUCGCGUUAGAAAAAUAGCAGACGGGGCUUUUGAGAGUUUUCCAAACCUCGAACAACUGGACCUGAGUAACAAUCGGAUCAAAACCCUAAGGGAUGACUCGUUCCGGGGGCUUUUAAAACUCAAGGAACUUCAUCUGGGAAACAAUGUCAUUUCAGAAGUCCCUCUGUUUCACAACCUUCUUAGUAUACAAGCUCUGUGGUUACAGAGCAACGGGCUUAUUCAAAUUCCAGCAGUGAAGUUCAUGGCCAGCCUCAAAGUCCUCUCUCUGGCAAGCAAUAAGAUUGUCUCGGUUGAUUCUGGAAGUUUCCGAGGCUGCGGCUCGCUGGCUGAACUGCACAUGCAGCACAACUUGAUAUCCAGAGUUGCUGGGGAGGGAUUUGACGGUCUUUUUCAGCUCAAGAUGCUGAAUCUGAGCUGCAACCUGCUUGAAACGAUCCCUCCCAAGGCCUUCCAAGCCUUUGUUGCCCAGGAAACCGAUUUAGUUUUACACAAUAAUCCUUGGCAGUGUAAUUGCAACAUGGACGAGCUGAAACGGUCUGCUCCCACUUCACUGGCACAGAGAAUCAGAUGUCACACUGGGCCUCUUGCUGGUCAUUACCUGUCAACAGUCAACCAAGAGCAGCUGACAUGCAAAGAGUCCCUCAGAGUUUCACACGUGGUCACGGUGACAGUCCCAGCUGGAAGGGGGUUAAAACUUACAUGCGAGACAAAGAAUAAAAAAGGACAAUUACUUUACUGGCAGACUCCAUUUAGGCAACACACAACCACGUCAAUUUACAGCAGUGAAGACCUUACCUUUGUGUUGAGCGAUGGGAGUUUAAAUAUUGUCAGGUUCUCAGCUCACCUCUCUGGAAUAUAUUACUGCGUCUUUGGCUAUGCAGAAGAAAAACUGAUAACACUUUACAAGGUCAGUUUAAUGGAUCAUGGUAUUCUAGAAAGGGGGCGAUUAAGAGAAAAAAGGGAGUAUGAGCAAUAUGUAGAAUUAGUGUCAGAGGAGCACUUUGCCUCUGCUAUUGCUGCUUCUGUCAUCAUUACUUUUUUAGGUGCUUUCAUUCUUGGUGCAAUCAGUAGGUCGUUUUUCAAUGAGUGCUGCAGGAAAAUAAAACCCCGCAGAAAUGCAACAAAAGCCAAACUAGGUCUUGAAUUGAAAACAGAACCAAGGCAAUAUGAAAACAUGGUAUUUGCAAUUAAUGAAGAACCAAAAGAAGAAACACCAAUCUAUGACAUUCUCAAAGGAUCAGAGUCUAUAGCAGAGGAGUCCAGCAGUGGCCAUGAAUGUUCCUAUGCAAAACCGAUCAAUACUCAUAAAACAAUUUCCCUUGAGGUGCCUGAACCUGACAAAGAAUUUGAUGUUUCUCCACCGCGACCAGCACCCAGACUGAAGUUCCCACCUCGUAAACAAUCAAAAAACACUGAGAUACCAGAGGGCGCACACAGUGAAUUAGCUCACAGUCUACACUGUCAUAUAGGAUCGCCAAGGUAUGAAAUUAGAACCAGUCACACUGAUGCAGAAUACGGUCCCAACAGCAACCUCUCAACAGAUAACAUUCCAAGUACAUUACCAGCAAUAGGAGAAAACAGUGAAGCAGACUACGUAAUUUUCCCUGUUUGCCAUUAUACAAAAGUGGAUCCUGUCCAACACUCCAGUAUUCCUCUUUCUGAAAAACUGUUUAACCACAGUGCAAUCAUUCCAAACUCCCCGCAGACAUUUCAGAACAAUACAUCAUAUGUAGCAUUUCCUGAAGAGCCGGGAACAAAUGCUGAAAAUAGUGUGGGUCUUCACAAUAAAAAGAAAGGGUUGGAUUUAGACAAACCUCUUUGUUCAGAGGAAGAAAAUGUGAAAGCCAAACAAAACUUUCUCAAAACAAAAAUGCAAGAAGGAAGUUCUGAUGUAAUUACUGAAGAGGAAAAGCCCAAUUAUGGAAUUUGUCCCAAAGUCAACCUUGAUAAAACAGCGAAAAGUGAAAAUCCAGAAGCGCACGGAGAGAUUAGUCACAAAGAACAACAAACAGUUGACCUAAACCAAAGAGAUCAGAACUCAGGCAUGAAUAAAGACAACCAGGAAGGUCCUUCGUCCAGUGAGGAAUCAGGAGAGCUGUCUCAACACCAGCCCAAGGCAGCCAAGCGAAGAGUUAUCAAGCUGUACAACUACGAUGAAGAAGGAAAGCUGUACGAUCACAUUAAAAGUUCAGAAGAAUUUGAGUCCGAGAGCGAGCCAAGAAUGAAACGGAGGUCAUUGUCCCUGACUCGGCUGAAUGCAAUUAUGAGCGUAGCAUUAGCAGAAGACUUCAGUUCGGAAUCUAAAAAGAAUCAGAAACAGUCAAACAGGGACGAAAAUGACAUGUUCAAUAUAAAAAAAUAGGGAUGCACUUGGCUUUCAGAUUAGACUUCACUUUUUAACUCUUAUCCAGGCAAGUCAAUUGGCCAUAUCAGAAGAUCAGGUCAUGAGAGCCUUUUUUUUGUAGAAAAUGCAUUUGCAAAUGCAGAAAAGAUUAAACAUUUUCUGUCCAGUAGACCAGAAUUGCCCAGAUAAUGGUUUAAACAAGCACUGGUAUUCUGAAUAAUAACUGUGCAAUUGAUCUUUGAUCAGUAGGUGGAUAUGAAAGUAGAAAUAACACUGAAAUCAAAUUUAAACAAAUGAAAACACUUUAGAAAGGAGAAAUUAUU